CCAAGAGGAGCUGCAGUUGCCGAGGUGCUCUGGACAAAAGGCAACUUGACAACAAAAGACUUUGCGCCCAGACUAAAGGAACUUCGCUGCCGGAUGCUGGAACAUGUCACGGAGAGGCAUAAGACUUCACUGCAUAGAUUCAUAGUGGAUGACCACCAGACCGUACGUCAGGGCCUGCCAGACUCAAGACGACAAUCACACUUGCUUCGAAGCGAUAUUACCUUAAGGGUUAAAGGAAUGCAAGGAAAGUGGUGCGAGAGGAAAGAGAAGAUGCAUUUUGAACGGAAUCUCUCGUUCCUUGUCAUCCCUCAUUGCAAACCUGCUGAGCAGAAGCGAGUUACCAAGCUCCAGUGUGUCCAUGAUGAGAACGAGCUUAGGCUAGUGAAAGUGGGACUUGAAGGGGGCCAGAUUCAGCCAAAAGAGUCUCCGGUGGAUGGGCUACAAAAGACGUGUCUGAAAAGCUCUGAUCCUUUUUCUUGCAGACUAAGAAUAAUGGCUGAACCGGGAAACGGGCCCGACGCCUGCGGAAGCGUCAAGCAGACGGCUUGGUAUGACGACUGA